AACGUUCGCGCAUGCUCCUAAGUGUUCGCUUUGGAGGCUUCACAAUUCACAUCUUCGCACUUUAGUCAGUUACGAUGUGUUCGUGUGUUGAGUUAGGAGCUUUUAUCUCCAAAGAAACGAUGUGCUAAUCCAUUUAUAAACUGCGCGACUUAAUUUGGAUCGCGAUAUGACAAAAUCCUUUUUAUUGGAGUCUGCUAUAGUAUCGGCGCUUAUUUUUGCCUGCGCUUCUGGAUGCUACGUGUUUCCUAGCGACGUACCGGACCCGUGUCGCGGUGUGAUCUGCGGCCCCGGCGAGCUCUGCCGGCCCACGGCCGACGCCCACAGCUACACCUGCGAGUGCCCCGCCUCAUGCCCCAGCUAUGGCGACCACGAGGGCUCCAGGCCGCUGUGUGCCAGCGACGCCAAGGACUACCCCAACGUGUGUGAGAUGCGACGGGCCGCUUGCGAGACGAACGCUAAUAUAACUUUCAAGUAUUACGGCAAGUGUGAUCCUUGUGCAGGCGUAACCUGCCCAGAUCCAGAAGUCUGUCAGCUGGACGACAAACGGCAGCCAUCGUGUCGGUGCGCGGAGCCCUGUCCGCUAGAAUUCUCGCCCGUUUGUGCCUCCGACGGUAAAACUUACUCCAAUGAGUGCCAGAUGCACAGAGAGUCAUGUCGAGCGAGGAAACAAUUGAAAAUCAUAUUUAAAGGACAGUGCAGUUCUGGACUGAACCCGUGCGCGGAGGUGGAAUGUCGUCACGGAGCGGAGUGUCGCGUGGAGGGGGGUGGGGCGGUGUGUGCGUGCCCACCGGCGUGCGAGCCCGUGCUGCGGCCCGUGUGCGGCUCCGACGCACGUACGCACGACAGCGAGUGUGAGCUGCGCCGCGCCGCCUGUCUACUAGGCCGGGAACUGAAAGUCGUGCACGCCGGUGCUUGCGGUUCAAACGGCGUGUGCGCGGGGCGCUUGUGUCCGCACGGGGGCGAGUGCGUCUCAGCAGGUGGGCGGGGCGUGUGCCGCUGCCCGCGCUGCUCCAACGAGUUCGCGCCCGUCUGCGGCUCCGACGGCAUCUCGUACGGCAACCGCUGCAAGCUGCAGCUGGAAGCAUGCCGGCAUCGCCGUGACGUCACUGUUCUGUACGACGGACCGUGCAAUGGAUGUGAGAACAAAAAAUGCGAAUUCUACGCGGUAUGCGAGAGUGAUGGCAUAUCAGAAGCGAGCUGCGUCUGUCCAAAACAUUGUGAAGAGGGCACAGAAACUGAAGAGGUUUGCGGUAGUGACAAUAAAACGUACAGCAGUAUGUGUUCGUUGAGGGACGUCGCUUGCCGGGAAAAGAAGAGACUACACGUCAAACAUAUGGGAUCCUGUGAAUCUUGCGGUGGUGUAGAGUGCGAAGCGGGCACGUGCGCGCGCGGCGAGUGUUCGUGCGCUAGUGUGUGUACGGCGCGCGAGCCCGUGUGCGCGCGCGGCAUCACCUUCCCCAGCGAGUGUGCGCUGCGUCGUGCAGCGUGCGAGGCGAAACUACGCGGGGAACCCCCGCCGCGACUGAGCUACUACGGAGAAUGCACGGAUAACUACGACGGGAAUAUGACUGUUGCUGGCAACAAAAGUUUUGACCGCGGCAACGAAAUCCGAGACGAGACCACCGACUCGGGCACGGGCAGUGCUGUGUGCGCGCGCGUGCAAUGCGCGUAUGAAGCCACGUGUUCGGUCGACGCUAGCGGCCAGCCACGAUGCGCGUGCCUGUUCGAUUGCGCGGCGGCGGCGGCGGCGCAGUCCGCGCCUGUGUGUGCGUCUGACAUGCGCAUGUACCCGACGUUAUGUCAUAUGAAACUCGAGGCGUGUCGACGGCAAGAGGACUUGAGAUUAAGACCGUUAGCUCUUUGUCGGGGAUUAGAGUUCAAGCCAUGUGGGGACGACGAGCCAAUAACGGACGCUGACGGUCGGCCGAUGGACUGCGGCGGCGGGCCCCACAGGAAGGACUGUCCGGCCGGCAGCUACUGUCAUCACACCGCCAAGGCAGCAAGAUGCUGUAAAAAAGACAAGACCGUAGAAGACAAGAAGGACUGUCAAGAAUCGUGGUACGGGUGCUGUGCUGACGGCGUCACGGCUGCCAAGGGUCCGGGCGGUGGGGGCUGCCCGUCGCAGUGUGGCUGCCAUCGACUCGGAGCCUCGUCGGAGUUGUGUGAUGAGGCCGGACAGUGUUCCUGUCAGCCCGGCGUCGGCGGACUCAAGUGUGACCGCUGCGAGCCCGGCUACUGGGGCCUGCCGCGUAUCGGUACUGGACACACGGGUUGUAUACCAUGCGGUUGCUCCGCGUUCGGUUCGGUCCGCGAGGACUGCGAGCAGAUGACCGGGCGGUGCGUGUGCAAGGCCGGCAUACAGGGACAGAAGUGCACCGUCUGCUCCAACCACGAGCACACCUUGGGGCCGAACGGAUGUUUUGAUCCGGAGUCUACCCAGCUGCCAGCGACAGACUGCGAGCGCAUGACGUGCUACUUCGGCGCGUACUGCGUGCUGCGGAGCGGGCUCGCCACGUGCGAGUGUAGCACCGCCGAGUGCGGCCCUGGCCCUACCGUCUGCGGCAGCGACGGUCGCACUUACCCCAGCACCUGCCACCUCCGAGCGCACGCCUGCCGCUCCCAGGCCGACGUCGUCGUUCAGGCGUUCGGCCCCUGCGAGACCCCCCUCGUCCGAGAGCAUAGCCAUAGAGCCGCUAAGGAGAAGCCGAGGAGCGGGUGCGUAAAGCAUCCUCCCAACGAAAUAGAGGAGUCGUACGAUCUGAACGAGAUCGAGGAGAGCUACCCGGCGUACGACGACUACUUGUAUGAAAACGAGAACGAGGUGUAUACUGCGCCUUUAUUCGACGGCCUGGCACGAAUGACGGCUCGCAUGAGGUUGCCAGCGAAGAGGUUCGAUAUCUGGGCGGAGGUGUCGCCCGUGUGCGAUAAGGGGACUCUGAUAAGCGCCGCGGGCGUCCGAGACUAUUUGUGGGUGGGGUUCAUGGAGGACCGCGCGGUCCUGAAGUGGGACGCGGGGAGCGGGCCGCUGGAGCUGCGCUCGGGGAAGGUGCGAGUGGAUGUGAAGUCGAAGAUAUCGGCGCGGCGGUACAAGAAGGACGCCAUGUUGAAGCUGGGCUCCUCCGUCGCGCGCGGCUCCACGCGCGGCCGCAUGAGCUCGCUCGAUGUCGACCCCUUCAUUUACAUCGGCCACCCACCUGGAAAUGUCACGAAGAACAUGUCUGGCUCCCACUCGCUCUCAGGCUUCGUGGGCUGCGUGCACCGUCUGCGAGUUAGCGGACGCGAUAUCAUCCCGCCAGCACGCGGCGUCUCCGUGGUCUCCUACGGUGUCAAACCCUGCACCGCUUACAACGUCGCCAAAGUGGUGUGUCCCUAGUACUAUAAUUGACCACAUAAAAGGCUAGACCGACAACUAAAGCGAUAUCACGCGUCAGCGACGCACUGAUAUUGUUUUUGUUCUCUUUCAUAUCCUGAAUGUCGCUGGCAUUAUAGUGACACAAUAGAAUCCAGCUAGACUCCAGGCAUUGGCAUGGUACUAUUACAGAACGGCAAAAUUUUGUUUUCUGAUUUAUUAAGUGGUCCUCCCCUCCUCGCGUCGUGUUCCUCAUUGUUAAGGGUCGUGAAUCCCCUUUUGGAAUUAAAAAAAAUAUUAAGUGGUAAAUCAAUGUUUAUUUACUUAAAACUUGUCCGUAACAAUAUUGUUACAAUGUAACAUGUCAUGUUAGAUGACUUAACUAAAUGACGUAUAAAGUAUAAAGACAGAAAUAAACCAAACACUUUACAUGAAAUUAAAUAAUAUUUGCAUGUAUUAUCACGGCAAGUGCGAAUCUACCAUUAUAUUUUAAAUUAUAUUAUACUUACUUAAAAUUUUGGUGAUAAUGAUGAUCUAGUUAAUUUUUGUCUGAGUAUCAUUUUUGAAAGAAAAAUUAACAAAUAUUUAAGCGAAAUGCGGUGCGAGUCAAGUUUAAUAAUAUUCUUAAAAUUAUCACAAAAUCGCAUGAAAACGUAAUUUUGCUAGAUUUUAUACUUACUUAAAUAAAGGGUCAGUAGAUUAAUUAUUUGUCUUCAUGAGAACAUGAAACAUGCGUACCUAAUUCCCUUAUUAAUAAGUAAUUAUUGUAAAUGGUGGCACUUGCGUUUAUCUAAAAAAGUUAAAUCUAAUAACUCUAAAAAAUUUACCACUCACUAGAUAAUUUAAAUAUUAUACUAAUUAAUAUUUUCCAAGGAGCUAAAAGUUUCUGCCAUCUUUUGGCUGCAUCAUCAGAUGUAGUCAGAAAUUCGUGUAGAACAAAAACUGUGUCCUUGGCGUGCUCGCCAUUUCUAUGAAUCAACACGAAAGUCAGUUAAUAUAUUCAAAUUUAAGGUUUUGUUGGAAAAAAUGCGAAUUGACUGGAAAAAGAAGAGUUAAAUUGGUCGAUUUUGAGGGACUGAAAUAUUGAAUGGUGAUAAAUGAUAGUGUAGAGCGGCCUUUAUUAGGUUUAGGAUGAAAGCAAUGUUAAUUGGUGAUUGGUCUCAUAAAUCUUUCUCUUCUUUCUAUUCAUUUCAAUCGUCUUACUAAAGUUUGAAGUGUGUAUUAGUUAGAAAAUUUUCUUCAAUAACGUACUAGUAAAUAAUUACCCCCGCUCUAUUAAAAGUAUUUACUGACCCCCUUACUAAUAAACGAUGUAUAAGCUUUAAAUAGUUAUACAGU